ACUGUUAUUUUUAGUUAAAAUUUGCAACGGUAAAGUUGAACGGAACUAUCGUAGCAAAAAUGUGGAAAUAUUGUGAACUAUUCGUGGGGACAACGAAAAAAAUAUUCUAAACAAAAAAAUAUGAGGAACGCAAAGGAAGGCAAAGCCUAAGCGAAAAAUUCAACGAUAGCUGCCAUUUAAGCCCACAAACCAACCAACCAGCCAAUCUAAAGUGUUUAUUAGUGUUUGUAGAAACGAGAAACGGGAGCAACUAAUACAUACAUACAAAAAUAUUAGCGGGGAGUCUCUUGUGAAACAUAAAUAAUAUAAAAUAAUCGACAAGAAAUGAUGGCUUUGCCAAAAAAGAUCAAAUGUUUUAAAUAUUUAGUUUACAGUUACGUAUUCCUUUUAGCGCUUACCGGGGCAGCUCAAAUAUUCCUGGGAACAUCACUAUUGUGGGGACACUCUGUAUAUUAUGGAAUUGUGCAGAACAAGUUGUGGGCACCAGCAGCAAUACUCCUAUGUCUUGGACCUGUUACGUUUAUUUUAUGCUGGAUGGGCUGUCAGGCCACUAAUCAACGAAAACGUUGUCUGCUUGGCAUGUUUGCUGCACUCUUGGUUGCCUGUAUAUGUGUUCAAUUCAUAAUCUGUGGCUGGUCCUUGGCGAUGCGCGAGAAUCUUCCCACAUCCGUAGAGAUUUUCAUUGAUGAUUCCUUUGUAGAGUUUUUGGAUAAGUUCUCAAGGACUAAGGUGGAUAACUUACAUUUGUGGAAUCGUAUGCAAUCUCAGCUUCAAUGCUGUGGCGUCGACGGACCUCUUGACUAUCGCCGUCUCUCGCUACCCUGGUCCUGUUGCUCGCGCCCCGAGCAUGCAUACGAAUCGGCAUGUGAUACCCAUUAUAAGCGUGGAUGCUUGGCCGUAGUAUCUGAGCAGAUUAGGAACCGUCUAUUGAUAACCGCAUUUGGAGCUGCCAUUAUUGCCAUUCUUCAGAGCUUGGGCAUUUUCUGCGCAGUACACCUGACCAUAUUGUUCGGAAAGAAUGAUAAUACCCAUCCAAUGAACAUGAACCGGAAAAAGAAGCAGCAGCAAUUUCUACCACUAACUAUACAGGAUAAGCGGCAUGAUAUGCCAUCUCCAAUCAAUCUGUCGCCAUCAGCACCCGGGCAGCGUGUUUUAAAAACUGCUCUGCCACCGGCAAUGCAUAAUAAAUGACAGACGAUUAGUUUCUAAGAGAAUACAAGUUUAUGAAAACUCAAAAGCAAAAGUUAUAAAAAUGUUGUAAACUGAUAUGGAAUGAAUAUAACUGUGACCCUCAAUGUUA